AUGUCUCCCAGUCCAACUUCCUCUGCCUGUCCCGUGUCUGCCAAGAAGGCCAUUCCUGAAGUGUCUGUCUGUCCCGUGUCAGCCAAGGGAGGCUUUCUGCCCACCCUGAACUGGCAAAGGAGGCCGUUUUGUAACCCUCUGCCCAUGCUACCCAGUUCUUCAGACCUGUCUUCGCCUCAGCCUGUCGACCAGUUGGCUCCACCUCGGCUUCUCACUCCCUCAGCUCCACCUGAGACGGCCGUCCCUAAAGCUCCUUCCUCAUUCCUCUGGCUCGGCCUUGGUCAGCCAUUGCUUGUCAUUCGCCAUGGACUUCCAGGCCUUCAUCUGCGACUCAUCCCUCCCCCCCUCUGGCUCCGUGAGGCUCCAACUUCCCUCCAGCGUCACUUUGGUCUCCACAGCAGACUGGCUUCACCCUUUUCUCUCUGGCCCCACUCCUGCUUCAACCGUGUGUUUGGUGAGUCAGUGUCAGUGAUGGCGGGAGAUUCUGUUACUCUAAACACUGAUGUUACUGGAAUACCUGAAGAUGAAGAGAUAGUGUGGAAAUAUGGAGCUGAAAACUCUCUGAUAGCUAAAAUCAGCAUUGAUACCCGAGUCUUCUCCACAUAUGAUGAUGUUCCUGAUGGGAGAUUCAGAGACAGACUGAAGCUGGACGAUCAAACUGGAUCUCUGACCAUCACACACACCACAACUGAACAUGCUGGAGUUUAUGAAGUAAAGAUGAGUGGAGCAAAACUGAGAUCAAAAACAUUCAAUGUUUCUGUCUAUGCUCGUCUGCCUGUUCCUGUCAUCAUCAGUAACUCUUCACAAUGUUCUUCAAAUUGUUCAUUGGUGUGUUCAUCAGUGUGUAAUGUGAGUGAUGCGACUCUCUCCUGGUACGCAGGAAUGAGUGUAUUGUCCAGCAUCAGUGUGUGUGAUCUCAGCAUCAGUCUCUCUCUACCUCUGGAGGUGGAAUAUCAGGAUAAAAACACCUACAGCUGUGUGCUGAACAAUCCCAUCAGCAACCAGACCACACAUCUGGACAUCAACACACUCUGUCACACAUGUGCAGCACCGGACACACACUCUUCUUCACACUCUCCAGUGUCUCUGAUAGUGUUGAUAUCUGCUGGAUCUCUGAUGAUUGUUGCUGUAGUCGUGAUAUUCUGCAUCUGCAGGCGACUCAGAAAAAUUGACGGAGAAGUUGAGACUCGUGAUGAAGAGAUCAUUUAUGCCGAUCCAACAUUCUGCAAAAGAAAAGCAUAUAAAUUGAACAUAAAAGAGGAGAAUGACGUGGUGUAUGCGGGUAUCACCGUGAGGAGAUGAUCAAACUUCAGUUUACUGUACCAGAUCCAGCGUUGUGAUCGCUUUACAGGAACCUUCGGCUACACCCUGCAGUUCCUGAGUCUGUGGUUGAGUUUUAGGUUUGUGAGAAUCACCACAUGUAGCAACAGAAAUUAGCAAUAAAGGCCCGUUCACACCAAGGAUGAUAACUAUAAAGAUAACGAUAAAGAUAAAGUUC